CCAUGACGUCACCCCCCCCAGCCGCUCCGCGCCGGUGACGCCACACCGCGCGCCCCAAUCAGGGGCGGCCGUUGGGGGUGCGGCGGGCGCUCCGCCGGGCUGCGGGGCGAAGGUGCGGCGGGAGGGGGCGGUGUCCGCGGGGACGCGUCAGCCGCCACCGCCCUCGCCGCCGCGGGGUCCCUCCCCUCCCUCUAGCCGCCGGGUCCCCGCGGGAUGAGGGGAUCGUAGCGCCGCGGCCGCCUCCGCCAUGAAGCGGAAGAGCUGGGCCGAGGCGCGCCGCCGCGCAGCCCCGCCGCCGCCCGCGCUGAAGAGGACGCGGGGCGCGACGCCGCGGGCGGCGGGGGGCGAGGCGGAGCGGCGGCGGCAGCCGCCCCCCGCCGGUCUGGAGACGUGCCUGAGGAUCGCGGAUCGCCUUUAUUUUGCAAUUCUCUAUCAAAAACCAAAGAGUGGAGCUGCAAAUACCCAUUAUUUCUGCAUAGAUGAUGAACUUGUGUAUGAGAAUUUCUAUGCAGACUUUGGACCACUCAAUCUGGCAAUGGUCUACAGAUACUGCUGCAAGCUAAAUAGGAAAUUAAAGUCAUUUUCAUUGAUAAGGAAGAAAAUAAUUCAUUAUACUGGCUUUGAUCAGAAAAAGCAAGCAAACGCUGCAUUCCUCAUAGGCUCCUACGCAAUAAUAUACCUGAGAGAAUCCCCAGAAGAUGUGUACAGGCUUAUAUUGUCAGGAAGUGUUUCAUAUCUUCCUUUCAGGGAUGCUUCCUUUGGUACUUGCAGUUUUCAUCUAACGUUACUGGACUGUUUUCAUGCAAUAAACAAGGCUUUGCAGUAUGGUUUCCUGGAUUUUAGUACGUUUGAUGUAGAUGAAUAUGAGCAUUAUGAAAGAGCAGAAAAUGGAGAUUUUAACUGGAUAAUACCAAACAAAUUCAUUGCCUUCAGUGGACCUCAUUCAAGAAGUAAAAUUGAAAAUGGCUAUCCCCACCAUGCUCCAGAGGCUUAUUUCCCAUACUUCAAGCAAAAUAAGGUCACCACUAUAAUACGCCUCAACAAAAAACUGUAUGACGCUAAACGAUUUACAGAUGCUGGAUUUGAGCAUUUUGAUCUCUUCUUUGCUGAUGGAAGCACACCUAGUGAUACUAUAGUUAAAACAUUUCUAAAUAUUUGUGAAAAUGCUGAAGGUGUAAUAGCCGUUCAUUGCAAAGCUGGUCUUGGACGAACUGGCACACUUAUUGCCUGUUACAUCAUGAAGCAUUAUCGGAUGACAGCUGCUGAAUCUAUUGCCUGGAUCAGAAUAAAUAGACCUGGUUCUGUGAUUGGACCACAACAGCAUUUCCUGAUGGAUGUUAAUUUUUUGUGUUUUGGGCCUUUUUUUCCAUGUUAUGAUAGCAAACAGGCAGAACUUUGGACAGAAGGGGAUAUUUUCCGUGCAAAGUUGAAACGAAACCAUAAAAUUGCUGUAACAAGAAUUCUGUCAGGAGUAGAUGAUAUUUCAAUUAAUAACACAAGAAACAGGAGAAGCAUCCAAAAGGACAUUGAACUGUACAGUGAUGAUGAUGAAACAAACUGUUUAACACAAGGGGAUAAGCUUCGUGCUCUGAAAAGCAAAAGGCAAGCAAAAGCUCCAACUGCAUCUCCACUAGCAUGGCUCCUAGCUAUGCUGGUGUCUACACUGUGUAGCAUUGUCAUCUGGUGGAUUGUAUGUGGCUCCCUUCUGCCCAGCCUGCUAUUCUGUCUAGAUGGUUUAAGAACAUAGUAACCAUCAGGACUCCCUGAGAGAGAGCCACUGUCCAAUCCGUCACAAAGACUAGAACAGUAUUGCGUUGACUUUCGAAUAAGCACCAGUGUUGAAGAGGAUAUUCAGGAGUGAAGGGGAUAUAGAGGGGACUUGAUGCAAUUCAAGGAAGAUCACUUUGGCUCUAUUUUUCAGUAAAAAAUUAAAUAGAAAAAUCUCUUUUUUACUUGUAGAAUAAAAUGAACUGUCAACAUGUUUGGUAGAUUUUUUUCUACCAUACUAAUACUUUCUCAAAAACCAACAUAAUCUACAUACAUUUAGACUCAGGUGUAAAUAUUUAAGCUCUCUAUUAUAAAGAGGGCUUGCUAGUAUGUAUGAUGCAUGUGUACAAAUUGUGAUGGCAAUCACUUAGCUGCUGAUCACCAGAUGGUGGGAGAUUUUAAGUAUAUAAAUCCAUGUUGUGCAUUCAGACUGGGCUGAAGUCUUCACUUGAGUCUGAAAAUCAACCACAAAAGCUUUUAUUUCUAAUAGUAUUGGUACUCUCCUGUGUUGGUUGGCUGUUCUUUCUUACUUUGUAUGAAGUUUUUUAUGAAGCCGCAGUAUUGAGUACACAAUGUAACUAUUGUCCACCAAAGAGUGCUUUAUUGUCAAAAGUUGUGUGGUUUAUUUAGGAAGAACUAAUUGUAAAUGAUUAACUUGUUUUUAGUAGUGACAGCUUUUUAGUUGUUCACAACCAAUUGUUCUUUGAACUAGUUAUAACUGCUUUAAAUCUGGUAUGAUUUUAAAGGGGAGGAAAACCACUACCAUUUAAAGCAGUGCUGUCAUAUUGAAAUGUCAUUACUGUUUCAUCACUGAAACAUUACUGUUUCUUUUACUAUCAAGUCCUUUAUAUGAAACCUUAAAUUACCAUAUAUAAAAGAUAAGAAUUCCCCCCCUAGAUUUCAUUGGUAUGCUUGAUAACACGUGGACAGUGCUUUGGGACACUUAAUGAGUGCAGCACACAAAGGGAAGAAGAGAAAAUAAGGGUGCCAUACAACUGAGGUAGUGGAAUUCAGGGGCAGGUAAAAAUUUUGACAACUAACAGUUUAAGAACUAUACCUCUGGUAAAAAACAGUGUAAUUUUUAGAGGAAUCUGCUUGAGACUGAAAUUUUCAUCCUCUACAGGACUACGGUGUUUUUUUUCCUACUACUUUUCACAUUAUUACAUUUCAAAAUUGAGGUACUCUUGUCCACCAGCUAGCUGAUGGUUAUAGCUGCAUAUCCCUCAGAUGAGGGCUGUUACCACAUAGCCUUAAAUAUGAAUCAUUAUCUGUUGAUUUAAUGACUCUUACAGUACGAAGUGGAAGAAAUCAAGAAAUCUGCAAUGUUAGUAAUGGAAUAACUGAAGUUUUUAAAGAUGCAGAUUGCCUCUGUGAGAGGGGUAAAUUUCAGUGAAUGUAAAUGUUCAGUGACUAGUUUCAAUCUACAUCCUUUUGAAUGGAAACUAAGUCUUCUGUUAGGCUGGUGAUUUUUGAAUGCCAGUAUGAAUAUCACACAGUGGUUUGAAAAUAUUUCUAGCAAAAGAAUAAUGAAUGUGAGAGGAAACAGGAUGUUAAGUGUAAGUAAGCUUACAGAUAACAUCCAUGUGCUUAGAUAGUCAAAAUCUGCAAAUAUGAAUACAAAUUAAAAAGAAAAUAUGUAAUGCAAAAUAAAGGCUCAGACUGAAAAUAUUUUGUUUUCUUCUUAAACUUCCCUUUUCACCCUCUUUUCUUCUACAUAAAAAGCAUCUGAAAAGAGAGGGACUGGUAUCAUCCCAAUAAGGCAAUUAAAAUUUCUUGGGCUUUGAAUGGUGUUGCUUUGUUUGUUUUGGCAGAGGUUAUUUGGUUUUUCUGGUAUUUUUUCAGUUUAGGGGGUUUUGGGUUUGGUUUGUUUGGUUAGGAUUUUUUAGUGGAGGUUGUGUGGUUUGGUUUGGUUUUUUUUGGUUAGGUGAGUUUUUUAGUAAGCCAUUUUGUGCAAAAGCUUAUGUACAGCUAACCACAAUAGUAGGUCUAUUGUGCAAAUAUUAUCCUAUGCUUCUUUUUCAACAAAAUUUCUCAUCUUGGAAGGCAAAAGGGGUGAAAAUAGUGACGUGAGAAUCAGAAUAAAGAUUUAGUAAUACGGUGUUUAGCUGUGCCCUUCUCUCAGCUGAGCUGCUUCUUUCAGCAUCUUUUUUUUAACCUAAAAAUAACUGAUCUCUUUCUCACCCCUUCCAAAUUGAAAAUCAGAAUUUGUCUCAUUUAAAGUAACUAGCAGAGUAAUUAGCACUUCUAGGUUCAUCAGAAGUAAAUUUGCAUAACACAAGUGCACAAACAAUGGCAACUCUAGCUAAAGCAAAAUGGCAUGUUUAGUAUCAAUGUGUUUUAGGAUACCCCAUCCACCACCCUCUAUCUUAGUGAAAAACACAUAAAUGUCAAAGGGAUUUUUCAUCUGAACUUUCCAAACAGCCUUAUAUUGAAAAUUAACUCAUUACCUCACUGUACCACAUCUAAUUGUACUGCUUAGUUACGAAUUUUUAUUACUUUGUCUAACAUUUUUAAUGUACCAUACCAAAGGUGUCUUAGGUACAAGAACAAAGAGUGAGCAUGGGUGAGGAAGUUCUUGGUUUCUAAAUCUUUUCUGAAUUGUCAAGUAUUAUGUGCCAAAAUGGAACGUGUUAUGGCAGCUGUAUCACCUUUGUAUAUCUGUACAACAGAGCAGCUGAAUGAAGUUACUUCUGCUGGCAUCAGUUAGGAGAUUCUUCUUAGAAAUUCUUUCCUCUUUCAAAUAUGUGACAGAUGGAUUCUUCCUCAAUUUCUUAACUCAAAAGAUACUGCAUGCUCAAAAGUUGUAAUAUCUUGGGUAAAAUUGCUGGUUUCCAUUACAGCAUCAAAAAAACUCAGACACUAACCUAGACCUUGUCUUUUUGCCCCCAGUAUGACAGUAGAGGAAGCACUGCUGAUUUAAAACAGUAAGAGAUUGUAGAAAAAAACCAAAACAAAACAUAAAUGUGAUGUUCACCAGGUUGUUGCACUGCAUUUUUUAUAUAAUCAUAUGUAGACUGUCAUAUGUAAACUCAUAUACAGGAUAUCAAGGUCUAAAAUUUCUUGACUAAUCAGUACUGUUCAUCCUGAUUAUUUUUAAACUGUAUAUUUCUAAUCAUAUUUUUUUAACUUGGAUUGACAGAAUGAAAGUUUAUUUUGCUGAAGGUAUUUUUAAGAUAAAGCUUCAUAUUAUCUUGUAAUAUUAAUUAGUUCAAUAUGCAUUUGUGUGUCAUUUGAAAAUACUGCAAAUUGCAUUUGAUUUUAUACAAAAUACUGAAUAGUGAGAAGUGUAAAUGUGUACUGUGUAAAAUUAAAAAUAAUCAGAAGGUU